ACCCGACGCCAGCCCCACAUCACUUCAGCUGCGGUCCCAGAUCGAAGAGUCCCUAGGCUUCUGCAGCGCCGUGUCAACGCCAGAAGUGGAAAGAAAGUAUCCCCUCCAUAAGUCGAACUCAGAAGACGGCUGUGUAGGCAAAGGCGAUUGGAAGAAGAAAAACAAGUACUUCUGGCAGAAUUUUCGAAAGAACCAGAAAGGAGUAAUGAGGCAGACCUCCAAAGGAGAAGAUGUGGGCUACGUGGCCAGUGAGAUCACGAUGAGCGACGAGGAGCGCAUUCAGCUGAUGAUGAUGGUCAAGGAAAAAAUGAUCACCAUCGAAGAAGCGCUUGCUAGGCUGAAGGAAUACGAGGCCCAGCACCGGCAGUCAGCGGCCUUGGACCCUGCAGACUGGCCUGAUGGCUCCUACCCGACACUGGACGGCUCCUCCACCUGCAACUCAAGAGAACAAUCGGAUGAUGAGACCGAGGAGUCGGUGAAGUUUAAGAGGUUACACAAGCUGGUAAACUCCACUCGAAGAGUCAGAAAGAAACUAAUUAGGGUGGAAGAAAUGAAAAAGCCCAGCACGGAAGGUGGAGAGGAACAUGUGUUUGAGAAUUCACCAGCCCUGGAUGAAAGAUCCGCACUCUACUCUGGAGUGCACAAAAAGCCAUUUUUCUAUGAUGGCUCUCCUGAGAAACCUCCAGAAGAGGAUUCAGACUCCCUCACCCCAUCUCCGUCAUCCAGCAGCCUGGAUACCUGGGGAGCGGGCCGGAAGUUGGUCAAAACCUUCAGCAAGGGAGAGAGCCGGGGCCUGAUUAAGCCCCCUAAGAAGAUGGGGACAUUCUUCUCGUAUCCAGAAGAAGAAAAGGCCCAGAAAGUGUCCCGCUCCCUCACCGAGGGGGAAAUGAAGAAAGGUCUUGGGUCUUUGAGUCACGGGAGAACUUGCAGUUUUGGUGGAUUCGACCUGACAAAUCGUUCUCUGCAUGUUGGCAGUAAUAAUUCUGACCCUCUGAGUAAAGAGGGAGAUUUUGUGUACAAAGAAGUAAUCAAAUCGCCUACUGCCUCUCGAAUCUCUCUUGGGAAAAAGGUGAAGUCGGUGAAAGAAACCAUGAGGAAGCGGAUGUCUAAGAAGUACAGCAGCCCUGUCUCAGAGCAGGACUCGGGCCUUGAUGGAACGCCUGGCUCCCCCGCCUCAGCAAAGCCUGACUCUGAACACGCAGACAAGCCCAAGCUCAAAGCCGGCGGCUCUGUAGAAAGCCUUCGCAGUUCUCUGAGUGGCCAGAGCUCAAUGAGCGGCCAGACUGUGAGCACCACUGAUUCCUCCACCAGCAACAGGGAGAGCGUCAAGUCAGAAGACGGCGAUGAUGAAGAACCACCCUACCGAGGUCCCUUCUGUGGACGUGCCCGCGUGCACACCGACUUCACCCCCAGCCCCUACGACACAGACUCUCUGAAGCUCAAGAAAGGAGACAUCAUUGACAUAAUCAGCAAACCACCCAUGGGCACAUGGAUGGGCCUGUUGAACAACAAAGUCGGCACGUUCAAGUUCAUCUAUGUGGAUGUGCUGAACGAGGAAGAGGAGAAGCCCAAGCGCCCUACCAGGAGGAGGAGGAAGGGCAGACCACCGCAGCCAAAGUCCGUGGAGGAUCUCCUGGAUCGGAUCAACCUGAAAGAGCACAUGCCCACCUUCCUGUUCAAUGGCUAUGAAGACCUGGACACCUUCAAGCUCCUGGAGGAGGAAGACUUGGAUGAAUUAAAUAUCAGGGACCCAGAGCACAGAGCAGUUCUCCUGACAGCAGUGGAGCUGUUACAGGAAUAUGACAGUAACAGUGACCAGUCGGGGUCCCAGGAGAAGCUGCUGGUGGACAGCCAGGGCCUGAGCGGGUGUUCCCCACGAGACUCCGGAUGCUAUGAGAGCAGCGAGAACCUGGAAAAUGGCAAAACUCAAAAACCCAGCGUUCUGCCCACCAAGUCAUCCACGGAGUCCAACUUAAAGUCUUUCAACAGGAGUCAGCCAGGCAACUACCCAACAUUGCCUCUAACUAAAUCAGUGGAGGUGCGGCAGCAGGGAGAGGAAGGCAGGCUGGGACGAGGUCUAGCCCCGGACACCGCCAAGCACUGUGACGUGCCCUGUGUAACUAGUUUGAAUAAAAACCGAAGAAGCCUCCCGGUCUCCAUUUGUCGCAGCUGUGAAACCCUGGAGGGUCCUGAGCCAGUGGAAAGCUGGCCCCGAUCCCAUUCCCUGGAUGACCUUCAGGGAGAGGCUGAUGCUGGCAAGGAUGUGCCUAGUGAGGUGCUGGAAACCUGCCCUCAGAAUGUCCCAGAAGUGCCACAGAAGACAUCUGCCUGCACCUCCGAGGCUCUGUCCCGAGGCCGAGAUCCCACUGCUGAAGACGUGAUGCUUCUGACCCAAAGCAAGAGAUUUUCUGACCCCCCGAAAACAAUGGCCAAGAAGCCGGACGGCUCCGCUGUGACCUCCAAACUUGGCAUAUCGCCUCUUCAGUGUGUCCCCAGAAACUUCGAGGCCCAGCCUCCAGUUAAACCCAGCUUAACAAGGACGUCUCUUGAGGGUCACAAAAAAGGACAUGACCACCACCCCCUGGGCACCAAAGAAGGGGGAGAUGGGGAGCAGAGCGCCCCCGAGACCAGGACGCAGCCCAGACAUCCAUCGCAGCCCCCGCCUGUGCCCGCCAAGAAGAGCCGAGAGCGCCUGGCCAAUGGCCUGCACCUGGUCCCUAACCUGGAGGCACCCGUGCUGCCACUGAAGAAGGCCGGCCCUGCCAGCCCCGCCAGCCCCUGCGACUGCCCCUCUCCCCGGGAGCCCAGGCCUCCCUUGGGGACUGAGCCAGGCGGCCCAGUCUGCGCCAGACCCCCGCCCUGGCUGGCAGAGCUGCCUGAGAGCAGCAGCCUGCAGGGCCAUGGUGUGAAGCUGGGACCAGCGCUAAGCAGGAAGGUGUCCUGUGCCCGGGGCAUGGACCUGGAGAUGCUCACGGAGAACAAGCUCCAGGCCGAGGGCAUCGACCUCACCGAGGAGCCCUACUCUGAUAAGCAUGGCCGUUGUGGGAUCCCUGAAGCCCUGGUACAGCGAUACGCGGAGGACUUAGAUCAGCCUGAGAGGGAUGUUGCCACCAACAUGGACCAGAUCCGGGUGAAGCUGCUUCGGAAGCAGCAUCGAAUGGCGAUCCCAAGCGGUGGGCUCACAGAAAUCUGCAGGAAACCCCUCUCUCCAGGAUGUGUUGCGUCUGUGUCGGAUUGGCUUGUCUCCAUUGGCCUGCCCAUGUACACCAGCACGCUUUCUGACGCAGGGUUCAGCGCGUUGAGCCAAGUGCCUUCCCUGUCCCACACUUGCCUUCAGCAGGCCGGCAUCACAGAGGAGCGUCACAUACAGAAGCUCAUCUCCGCAGCCAGACUGUUCAAACUGCCCCCGAGCCCCGAGGCCAUGUAGCAGGCCUGCCGUGGUCCUCCCUGGACAAGAGCCAGCCUUUCACUGUGCUUAGGAAGCUGAUACAAUCCCUCCCUAUCUGCUGGGGUUGACCUGAUCUGGAAGAAAGGUCCCCACGUGGGGCUCACAAAUUUCAGGAUUAGGACACAGAGCCGAGGACCCUGUCCUGGAAAGUUCCUGCCCCGUGCCCUCGAGGAAACCAGUGUGGUUCUCUUUGAUGCCCACAGGCAAGACCAGCGCUUAGUCUUGCUUUCAGACACAGAAGAGCCAAGAUGCCAACGCACAGCAAACACUGUGCGUCCAGUCUGUCUCCGUGCUGGCAGAGGGCUAGAAGAAGAGGACAAGGCAGCCUGCUCGCGUCUCAUCGUGCCCUCGCCCAUCUGUUGGUCACCCUGCUGGAUGCCCAAGCCCACCGGGCUUAGCUAGGCCAAAGCAACAGACUCUGGAGUUACUGUACACUAUUGACUGUGCUCAUGAGUUCAGAAGCUGGACCAGCUGGCUACAGCAAGAACACAACAGUCCUCCUCUCCUGUAGAUAAACAAGAGACAUUUUAAUUGCUUUCUAGCAAUUAGCUUUUAUUUGCCUUAAUAUAAACUUUUAACCAGUUAUCUAUCUAGUGUCUGCAACCCUUAACCCUAGUCCCAAAAUUCUUCAGCUUAGACUGCCAUCUAACUAUUUGGGAUGUUUCCACAGAAAUAGCCUUUUUUUUUAACAGUCUCGUUCUAACAUGGCUUAUUUUAUAGGAGUGACCACCAGGCACACAUUUCACGUUGACUUUUAGGUUUUAAACUAACUACAAACUCAGUAAAGGUUGAUCUGGAUUCACGGUGGGGCUUGUGUAUUCCCCGGCUUCUGAGUAACUGCCCUUCAUUCUACUCACUUCACUGAGCGGCCAUCCUGGUGGCCACAAUUGCAGAAUCCUGACCACAUCCAUUCCAGAGUCCAUCCAUCAGCUAACGGAUCACCUUUGUAGAAAGUCAUUGUAAUGUUGCAUAUUUCAGAAAGAUUUUUUUUUUCUAAAAAGGGAAGUAGUUUACAAAACUCAGUUCUUUAAAGUUUUUGUUUGUUUGUUUUACUUUGUUUUUUUUUUUUUUUUUUCCUUUUUUGGCCAGUUCUAUAAUUAUUAUUAUCUUUAUCUUUCAUUUGUUUCUUAAUUAUUUUAAUUGAAGCAGAGGUUCAUUUGAAGCCAGACAAACCACAUUAGCUGUGUGCUAAAUAUUGCAUAUUUUCAACUGUUUUUCCAACUGUGAUUUCUGCAUAAUCUGUUCUCUUUUUGUCUAGUGUCUAGUUUUCUAGCAACUAGCAAAUGCAGACAGGUACACAGGCUCCUUUGCUUACAGUGUGGCUUUUCUUAGAAGCACUGUGCGAGGUCUCAAGUUACCAUGAAAGCACUUUGAACACAAGGCCUGGAUUCGUCCUCUGAUAUUUUAUUGGGUUAUUGAAACAUGAUUUCCCUCAGGAGAGAAGGGCAAGUAAUUUUAUUAAUAACCAAGCCAUCCUGACCAUAUGCUUGAUAUCGCUGGAUCCAUAUCUCUGAGGAAAUGAACUUUCUCAGGUGAUCCCCCCAUUUUAGUAUUCAUUGAAAACAACAAUAACAAUAAUAUGUUUGAUUCCAUUCGCCUUCUAUAGGAUGCCGUGUGAAGAAGUUGAGGCAAUUUAGAAUAAAAGGUAAAUCCACCAGUUGCCUCCUGGUCUCUUUAAAAGAGCUCACGGUUGCCUCCUGGGUCGUGGCAUAGCCUGCCUAGUGGGUGUGGAUACAGGGUUGUCAGCGCUCCUGAUGCUUCUGUGGGGUUGGAAUUGGAAAAGCAGGCUUCUCCUCUUGCCUUUGACGUAACCCUGGCCUGACAUUGUGACAGACUCUGCCCAUGAUUCUACCUGAGCAAAGAGACCACACAGGAGCCACAUUAGAGGUAACAAGGGAGAAGGAGAAAUCUUGUGUGAAUUGGCAAGUUUCAGUUCCUUCUCAGUGCAGACCAAACUAGAACCAGAGGUCUCGAGAAUGCCAAACACUAUUUUUUUGUCACUUUGGAAAUCAUUGCCUUUGCAUGGAAAAUUCAGGGACCACAAAUUUAGUGUGAAUGUCUGAUCUGAAGGGGCUGAGGUUGUCCUCUUUUUUCUUUCUUUCUUUCUUUCUUUCUUUCUUUCUUUCUUUCUUUCUUUCUUUCUAUCUAUCUAUCUUUAGUGUUUGUUUGGUUUUCUUUUGCUUUGAGCGUCUCAUUUGGUCUGAAAAAAAAGCUUGAAUGUUGGUGUGUGGCACUGAGGUGAUGUGGGGCUGCCUGUGGCUGGUGGCCAGGUGGCAGGCUUUAGCAAUAUACAGUUUUGAUCAGUUGUAUUUGGUACAGAAUUUUGAGUGACGGUGAAAAAUUGUUGUCUUUGGAAAGCACAAAAGAAACCUGGAAAGGCGUUUCGGCUCAGGUAGCUCCCCAGAAUGUGUGCGAUUUGUAUGUCACAGCUGUCUGCAGAGAAAGCAGCUGCCCAAACUACUAUUUACAUUCCCAAUAACGAGAGCAACUAGCUUUUCAUGGCCUUGCAUAUUUGGGGGCCCUUUUCUCUGUCCUGACCCAGGUGUGGAUGAAGUGACUCCCCAACACAGCAUCCAUCCUGUGUUCACAGCUGCAGAGGAGCAGAAGUAGAUUCCACAUCACUGCUGUGUGAGGACUGAGUGAUCUUCCAGAAGAAUCUAACUGUCUUGAGUCCAAGUUAUCUUGAUUUUUAAAUUGAUAGAAAAAAUAAACAAACUGUCAAGCAAAGUUAUAUGACACCUGACAGCAUUGCACUUUCUGUAUAUGAAAUCAGUAUUUAAAUAACUUAUUUUUCUCCAUUGCUGUUCUUAAACAUUGUAAGUAGCUGUAAUAUACCAAUACCAAUAUGUUCUUGCAAUUGCUUCAGCCCAGGAAAGCUGUGUAUUGUUUUAAAAUUGUAAAAAAAAAAAAAAAAAAAAAACAAUUGUGAUGAUCCAUUUAGAAAAACGAAGGGUGGACAGAAGGGUUUUCCUGUGUAGCAGACCUUGUCUAUAAUUAUGUCAUCUAUGUACCUAGGAGAAAAAGUAAAUAAAUUUCUUCAGUCA